AUGGCUUUUGCACCUGUCUCUCCAUUGAUUGUUGAUGAUCUACCAAAAUUCCUUUCUAUGGUGUAUCAUCAAUUCAUUAAUCAAGUUAUUUAUACAUUUGCUAAUUUUAGUAUAGCUGAUCGAUUAGUUAUUGCAGCAUUAGAUCGUGGUUUUACUGUCAAAGAAAUUAUGAAUGAUGAACAAUCAGAAUGGAAUCAAGAUUUACUCUAUCGAAUAUGA